GUGACGUAUUAACUGGUAUUGACUUGCCGACGCCGGGCUUGUGAUUGCGACUAAACUCAAACUUGACAGAGGGGAAAAGAGAAAUGGAGUCGGAAGAAGUGGAUAAGAAUGCAGCAAAUGCAGCCCCUAAAGCUAAAGAACAUGCACUUAUUGCUGCAGAUUUAGAGAAAGUUACAGACUAUGCGGAAGAAAAUGUUAUCUCGGGGCAAGAUAUGAGCAAUGCCAUUGCAGCAUUGAGUGGUGACAGAACAAAGGAAGUAGAAAAGGCUGAAAGAGAAAAGGAACUGGCCAAGGUGACAAUAAAGAAAGCGGAUGUUGACCUAAUAAUCCAUGAAAUGGAAAUCUCAAGAUCUGAAGCAGAAAGAAGUCUGAGGGAAAACAAAGGAGAUCCUGUUCAAGCAUUGCUUCAGCUUGUCAACUGAAAUAUAGACUUUCCAUGAACGUAGCUUUAUGUGUACGUACCUGACAUGAAUUGAUGGAAGGAAGUGUGAGUCUCCUGACCUAGGUGAUGUUGAUGAUUCCGUGGUCAGUUUUGAGAUGCUCCAAGGACCAAACAUCAAAAGUACAACCUAACCUGAUAUCAUAUGUACAUUGCAACAUUUCCACAAUUCAUAUGUCUCAGAUGAAACAAAUUCUAAGCAUAUCUUGUUCUACUGCACUACAGCAAGAAGAUAUGCAGAAAAGUACUUUGGUGUCUGCAUCAUAUGAAUGCAGUAGUGACGUAACUUUCUAAUCAGACAAAGAGUUGGGGGGGGGGGUUGAGCCAUUGUUUAUGUUCAAUAUUUUGCCCUUCCUAGGUUUUUUUUUUCGAUCAGAAUUUAAAUUAAUGCAGAUUUAGUGUGAUUAUGUGGUAUCACAUUCACAGUUGGUAAUGAUGUUAUUUAGGAAGACGGUGCCCAAUGCAAGUGCUAAAAUUACACUUUUUCCAACAUCUGACACCAGGGGCAAGUGCAAAACACACCCUCCUUCCAAAUUUUGAUGAUGUUAGCUUAUUCACUUCAUUAAAUAACCCACAUGAACACUUUAAAAAAUGUUUUGUAUAAGACUGGUAGUGGUAGGUCAAGUCAUCUUACUACAAAUGGGCAUUGUAUUGCUGCUCAAUAUACUACAUUUGUUAUCUUAAAAUGACUUCUACAGCAAGAUUAACAGACUAUUAAUUAUUUUCAAACUGUUGUGUUUUCCCCUAAGUAGAAAUGCUUUUCUUAGUUUUUCUUCCCUUUUGUAUUUUGAUUUUGAAAGUUAUGUGCUUGCACAAGACAAGCUACAUUUGCUUCAUACUGUGUAUUUAAUAUUUCUUAAAACCCUUCAUAUUUUAUUGUCUCUUGAAAAUUUGCGUGUAAAAUUGCCAUUAAGACUGACUGAUGUAAAGUGUAAGGGUUAACUUCUUUUACCCCCCCCCAAAAAAAAAUUACUGAGAUUACAUAUUUAACUGUUUUUAAAAUGAAAAAUAUGAAUACAUUUCUAUUGUGCUACCUUGUAAUGAUUUGUCAAACAAAUACAGAUUAAAAUAAUGGUGUCAAAAAAUUGCCAUGUAAAAUUUUCUGAUUUAUGGCUUUGUAGCAGACAAAAAUGGUAUCAUUUUUUUUGUAAAAUAUCAAAUUUAGGGAGCCAUGUGGCAAUUGGUUUCCCCACAACCUCUUCAUCUCUUAGAAUAUUAUUUAAAAACACAGCUAGCUUCCCAUUGAUUAUAUCAUGAAAAGCCUUAUUGUUUCUCAAAUUGAAAUUGAUAUGUUGAAUAAUUAAAAGAUAAAAUUCACGUUUAAAA